UGACCACUUCUCAAAGAGCCGCCAGUGAUCAGGUUGUAGGAUCUCCGCCCAAGCUUAGAUAGCCCCCCAUGCAGAUCAGUCUGUAGCCCACUCUCACUGUAGUCAGAGCUAAGAAUUGAUAAGGGCCCAUGUGGAAACUUGCCCUGACGUAAAAACUGGAGAAAUACUACAUCCAGUAGAUGUAUACUCCACCUUUAUCCGAAGUCAGCUGAUAAUUGGCCAGGGGCCACGUGGAAACUUGGCCUGAGCCUAACUCUUUGUAGCUUGUGUGUCUCAGGUUAGCCAGAGGGCUUAAUGGAAAUGAGAUAGGCGCUCUGACAGAUCCCUUGGUGAGAAUGGAGGUGGAACUGCCACUGCGAGCUUUAACUUUAGUAAGGGUCUAAAAGGGAAACGAGUUAGUACGAGGGUUGGAGACACGUUAAUACUUAAGAGACCGUAUGUUUUAUAUACAGUACUUAGAAGCUAAAUAGUAAGUCUUCUAAGAAACAUCCAGGGAUUUCAGUAGAUGAUUUAAGUCACGGAUCUGUGGAAUAGUUCAUUAAGUACUUUAAACUGUCUUUAUGCAAGGGCUCGCGUUUUCUAUGGUAUUUAAGCUUUUUUAGCCAAAAUGUUUGAUAUAUGCAGGAAAGGUUCGAAGCAGUUGUACUAGAAACCAAUCUUUAUUUUUUACCCCACUACUAGGUAAGGGACCUGGAAACCAAGAAGUGACUGCUCAUCCAAUCCAUAAAGCUAUGUUAACAGAUUGGAGCUGUUUGCAGACAAAGUUCCAAAGACAGCAGAAAACUUCCGUGCUCUGAGCACUGGGGAGAAAGGCUUUGGUUAUAAAGGUUCCUGCUUUCACAGAAUAAUUCCGGGAUUUAUGUGCCAGGGUGGUGACUUCACACGCCAUAAUGGCACUGGUGGCAAGUCCAUUUAUGGGGAGAAAUUUGAUGAUGAGAAUUUCCUCCUGAAGCAUACGGGUCCUGGCAUCUUGUCCAUGGCAAAUGCUGGCCCCAACACAAACGGUUCCCAGUUUUUCAUCUGCACUGCCAAGACUGAGUGGUUGGAUGGCAAGCAUGUGGUCUUUGGCAAGGUGAAAGAGGGCAUGAAUAUUGUGGAAGCCAUGGAGCGCUUUGGUUCCAGGAAUGGCAAGACCAGCAAGAAGAUCACCAUUGCUGACUGUGGACAAAUCUAAUAAUAAAUUUGACUUGUGUUUUAUCUUAA